AGAAAGUCUACUUUACCGACAGAAACCAAAGGUCGCCACGGAAGUGAUCAGUCAUUUCUUCUGGAACAUUACAACUUUUGAGUGCAUUAUUAAGUGAAAACGGGGUGUUUGCAAGCAUUUUACUUUUUCUUGUGUUUAGUUUCAGUCGUCCAUUCAGCACCCUAGACAUUUUUGGACGAAUGAACCUUAAAUAGAUUUUUUUUGAUCUACGUCGUGUCUGUGAUUUUGACGGAGGCCAUCUUUGCAAUCUCUAUCAGAGGUCCUUGGCUCGCGCUUUCAUUGUCUGGUGAAAAGCCAGUAUAUAUCACACACAGACUACACCAAAUGGCUUUAAAACGAAUUAAUAAGAGAAUGACGGUCACGACGUUAGCAACUAUCAAACACGAGAUAGCAACAGACGACAAUGGCAAUGAAACCUGCUGUACAUCCGCAAAGACACACACUUGCGAUGUUGCUUGGUUUCGAAACGCGGCCGAGUAUGGCAGGAAUUUAGCAGGAAUCCACCUCGAACCGUUCAGACUUCGUCGUAACAGGAGCGCAGAACAUCGAAGAACUGUUAACUGCGCUCGGUUGUGCGACCAACAUUCCUGCAAGCAGAGGGAAUACGAUACCUUCUUUCGUUUCCUGCUAUCCUGCUGCGAAACGGCGCUUCUCGACGCUGACGCCACAAGACUGACAGCAGUGACGGCUGCAACAGCAGGUAAACUGCUGCCAGAUACUAAUAGUCUUCGAUUGACGAUAAGUUGGCUGAAAUCUGGCACCGCCGACUACACAGAAUCACUUUUGGAAAAUCUGACGCCAGCCCUGUCAGAAAAAGACGAAGACAAAGGCAAAACGAGGAACGAAGAAAUCCACGAUGAUAUUUAUUACGAAAAAGCUCGGACCUUGUUGCAAUUCGAGGACGCACCUGACUAUAUGAAGCAUAACCCUUAUAUUCGGACUGGAUACCGAAGAAUUUUAUCCACCAACUUAUGUCUCGAAAGUAUAUUCUGGUGGACAAACGAAACGAUCAACAUAUGGUCCCACAUAUUCGGACUUAUGCUCUUCAUUAGUUUGAUAGCAUAUGACUUCUGUAUACUGAAAGUUCAAGCUACUUUGUCAGACAAAAUUAUUGUUUUUGUAUUUAUGUGCUGCUUUGUGGCGUGCAUGACUAUGUCAGCAUUGUACCACACCUUUAUGUGUAGAUCAGAAAAAGACUGCAACACUUUUUUAUCGUACGAUCUCUUUGGAAUAGCUCUGUCUUUACUGGCUAUUUACACCUCUGGAAUUUACUAUGCUUUCUGGUGCGACACUUAUUGGCAGAUGUUUUACACCAUGACAGUAACUGUAAUAUUCGUUUUUGCGAUGACCCUACAAAUUCCAAGCCUCAAUGUCAAUUCUAACAUAAAAAUGUUAGUAUUCGCAGCAUGGGGAGCUUAUGGUGUCAUACCAACCAUACAUUGGACUUUCCAUAUGGGAGGACUUGAAAAUCCCGUUGUCAGUCUUCUUUUACCAAGAGUACUAGGAAUGUACUUGAUUAGUGCAACAGCCUUCCUGAUAUACAUCACAAAAAUACCAGAAAGAUUUUCGGCGGGGCAAUUCGACUACAUAGGACAUUCUCACCAAUGGUGGCAUUUUUUCGUGGUACUGGCCCUGUACUACUGGCAUAACAGUGGGAUUGUCUACAUUGAGUACAGACUGAAUCAUGCUUGCCCAAACAAAAUGAAGUUUGCAUGAUAAUCUUCAAUUAGCACUAGAACGAUUUUUUUAAUAUGAUCAGACACAGACAUGAACACGUUUUCAUCAGUGUGAACAACAUCCUGAGUAACUUUCAGAUCAUUUUUCGAUCAAAAAUAACACUAUCCUUUCAUGUUUGUACUCAUUUUCAAAGUAUAUUUUCUUAAAAUGUAAAUAUAGAUCGGAAAAAAAUUGUGUAAUGUGUUAUUGUGUUAUGAUACUUCUUGAUGACUAUAAUAGUGGAAUAAUUGUACUUGUACUGCCAAUUUCCAAUUCUUUGACCACAAGUUGACCUUAUGUCAAUAUUAUAAUUAUUUCAUAUGCAGAGAUGUCUACAUCCUGGAACUUUGUAGAUUCACAUUUAUUCAGGAUUUCAAUCUGUGAUACAGGAAUAUACAGGGUGAUUCUCAACUUAAGAACAAUUUUGAAACAUUUUUCCUUAUAUGGAUAAACUAGAGAAACAAUAUACUCAGGGUAAAUUAAGUAAUGUUAUGAAAUAAAAUUUCCAAAAACAUUUUUUUUCAGACUGAUAACUUGAUAACGUAAUUUGCAAUUGCAUUUAAUAUAAUAUAUUGAUCCAUAUUUAUUUUGAAUGAAUAAAUGAAUCCCCAAUAUAACUUACAAUAAAAAUGAAACUACUUGGCAUUUUAUGAGCACAUGAGAAGUAGCAAUCAAUUCUUUUUCAAAAUUUUAUGAUAUAUCUCAGAAAACCAAAAACUUUCACCAUCCUUUUUUUGUAUCAUUAAACAUUAUUUACCAUGAGCUAUAUUUUUGAAAGUGCAUAUUAGUUGAGAAUCAUGGUGUAUUCAUAACUGGUAUAAUUCCAAAAAUUAGAAAAUUACUACUAGAGCAGAAAAAACUUCUUAAACUCUUUUGUUUUUCAAUUCAAACCAGUCUCAAACUAAUUAUGAUUGUAAUUAAUAGUAAUUGCUCCCAAACAAAUAGCAUAAAAUGUCUCUAUUACCAAAUUCCAAACCAAACUUUGAAAUCAAUCAUGUUCACUAUCUCACCCAGGAUAGGUAGCCAAAAUGCCUCAUGAACAUAUUUGUGUAGUAGAAGCAUCUUACAUAUAUUUCUGUAUUAUCCUUUGUGGAAACACAUUUUGUUUUAGUGAUUUCUUGCCACAAAUUUUCAUUAUCAUUGUAAUUGACCAAAUUAAUUGUGUUCUAAUCAUUAUUUUCUUCAAUAAACUGAUAUUAUGUUUAUCAAAAAUACAUCAUCUUAUGAAGAACCAAA